ACGGUGAAUGCUGACCUGAAGGCUCCGUCGCUCCCCCUCCCUCACGGUUAAGAUGGCGCUCUCCAGAGUGUGGUGGGCUCGGGCCACUUUUUGGGGCUCAGCAGUCACCCCUGGACCUUUUGUCACGCGGAGGCUACAACUUGGGUGCUCUGGCCUGGUCUGGGGGGCCCCUCGGUCUUCAAAGCUUCAUCUCAUUCCAAAGGCAGAUGUGAAGAGCUUGGUCUCUUACGUGGUGGACAAGACAAAAGUGAUUCAUGAGAAAUACCAUCGUUUUUUGGGUCGCAAUUUCCCCCGCUUCUAUGUCAUGUACACAAUCUUCAUGAAAGGAUUUCGGAUGUUAUGGGCUGAUGCCAAAAAGGCUAGAAGAAUAAAGGCAAAUAUGUGGAAGCAAAAUAUAAAGUUUCAUCAACUGUCAUACCGGGACAUGGAGCAUUUGAGACAGUUCAGCCGAGACGUCACCAAGUGUAUUUUCAUAGGCAUCAUUUCCAUCCCACCCUUUGCCAACUACCUGGUGUUCUUGCUAAUGUACUUUUUUCCUAGGCAACUACUAGUCAGGCACUUUUGGACCCCAAAGCAACAGACUGAAUUCUUAGAUAUUUAUCAUACUCUCCAGAGGCAGUCCCAUCCAGAAAUCCUUACUUGUUUAGAAAUGACGAUCCCAGCCAUUUCUGAUGCAGGACUCCGGUGGCAUCUCACAGAAGUAUGCAACAAGAUACACCAUGGUACUCAGCCAGCAGUAAAUGAUAUCCUUGCUCUGAGAGAGUGCUUCUCUAACCGUCCUCUGGACAUGAACCAUCUCCAGACUUUGCAGUUGAAAGCCUUGAGCCGAGCCAUGCUUCUUACUCCUCACCUGCCUCCUUUCUUGUUGAGAAGCCGUUUGAAGAAUCAUACCACUGUGAUUCAUCAAUUGGACAAAGCUUUGGCAAAGCUGGGGAUUGGUGAGCUGACAGCUCAAGAAGUGAAGUCGGCUUGUUAUCUCCGUGGCCUGAAUUCUACCCACAUUGCUGAAGAAAGAUGCCGAACUUGGCUGGGAGAAUGGCUGCAGAUUUCCUGCAGCCUAAAAGAAGCUGAGCUGUCCCUCUUGCUACACAACGUGGUCCUGUUUUCUACCAACUACCUUGGGACACGGCGCUGA